UGAAGGAGCACGUGACCACCGACGUCACGAACCUUCUAACAACUCCAUUCUAGCAUCUGCCGAGCCUGGAUUGCUGGCGCGUUUGGUAUCUGAACACGAAAUAGCAGACGGCGGGGAAAGGCGCAGUGGUUUCCGCGGCGGCCCGUGUGGCCCUUGCGGAUAUGCUCCUGUGCACCACGCCACCUCCGAGAUCCUGGGGUGCAAACGGCUGAAAGCCGAGGACGGUAUAUCCCUGCGGCCUCUGAGCUGAAGGUAUCGGCCUCUGUAACCUCAGCGGGAAGGUGGGAGAAUGAGCAGCACACAGGAGGAAAGGCCUGAGGACCAAGAGGAGAAGGAAGAAGAGGAGGAGCCGCAGCUUAGUGAGCAGAGGAGCCCCGCCCCCGCGGAAGAGCCUCCUGCCCCGAAUGUCACCGUUUGUGCUGAUAGUGCCCCCGGGAGCCUGUUCUACUGGCUUAAGGACAGAUGCCUAGGCCGGGGCUUGUAUGUGGAUCCGGCCAGGGACAACUACAAGACCAUGACUAGCCUGUACAGCUCCAUUCAUCCAGCUGACUCAGUAAAUCUCAGCACAAGGACUCAUGGAGCAGUAUUCAACUUGGAGUAUUCCCCGGAUGGCUCUGUACUGACAGUUGCAUGUGAGCAAACUGAAGUCCUGCUGUUUGACCCGGUGUCUUCAAAGCACAUAAAGACAUUAUCGGAGGCCCACGAGGACUGUGUAAAUAACAUCAGAUUUCUGGACAACAGGAUGUUUGCCACCUGCUCAGAUGAUACCACAAUAGCACUAUGGGACCUGAGGAAGCUAAACACUAAGGUGUGCACUCUACAUGGGCAUACCAGCUGGGUAAAGAACAUAGAAUUUGAUACCAACACAAGGCUUUUGGUAACGUCUGGAUUUGAUGGCAAUGUCAUAAUCUGGGAUACAAAUAGGUGUACUGAGGAUGGUUGUCCACACAAAAAAUUCUUUCACACUCGUUUCCUGAUGCGCAUGAGACUGACCCCCGACUGUUCAAAAAUGCUGAUUUCUACUUCCUCUGGUUAUUUAUUAAUUUUGCAUGAUUUAGAUCUGACAAAGUCUCUAGAGGUUGGCAGUUACCCUAUCUUGAGAGCAAGAAGAACAGCUUCAACUUCAGAUGUGACCUCGUCUCCUACAUCUUCUGACUCCAGACCUUCUAGCUCCCCCUGUCAUCAUAGUGAUUUGGGCUCUUUGUUUGAGAAACAUACUUCCCGGGCAUCACCAAGAGAAGGCAAUUCCCCUCGUAACAGCCUUGAAGUUUUAACUCCAGAAGUCCCAGGUGAGAGAGACCGAGGCAAUUGUAUUACGUCACUUCAGCUUCACCCCAAAGGCUGGGCUACACUACUACGCUGCUCCAGCAAUACUGAUGACCAAGAGUGGACGUGCGUGUAUGAGUUUCAAGAAGGAGCGCCUGUACGUCCCAUCUCUCCUCGAUGUUCAUUGCGAUUAACACAUUACAUAGAAGAAGCCAAUGUUGGCCGGGGCUACAUUAAAGAACUCUGUUUUAGCCCAGAUGGACGUAUGAUUGCCUCCCCACAUGGAUAUGGAAUCCGAUUGUUGGGAUUUGAUUCCCAGUGCAGUGAACUUGUAGACUGUAUGCCUAAAGAAGCUGGGAAUCUACAAGAAAUCCGUUCCCUAUAUUCUCAUAAGGAUGUGGUCCUGACAACCAAGUUUUCUCCCACGCACUGUCAGAUAGCGUCGGGGUGCCUUAGUGGACGGGUUUCCCUGUACCAACCAAAGUUUUAGUCCCAACACUUGUUCAUGAUUCCAGUUAUUUAAAGAGACUUCACACUUUUAGACUUUAUCUAAAUCUAUGAAAUCUGCAACAUAAAAUGUUUGAAUAAAGGACAAUGCACUGGGCCAUUUGUAACUUUUUCCUUAGUUGGAUUUUCAUGUCCUGUGAUUUGGUUUAGCACAGGCUCCGCUCUCCAGGUGAGCUCUGCUCCACUUAGUUCCCACUGAUAAUUGUAAGUAAUAUUGAAAAGCCCAUGUGGAGUUCUAACAGUCAUGACUGUAAAAGACUGUGGCUGUAUAUUUGGCAUUAUUUAUUACUGUACAAUAACUUAUUACUGAUGAAUGUGACCUUGAGCUGUGCACGGUGUUCAUUAUCAAUUCAGUGAUGCGGUUCAAAGGUCCUACUAUAAAGGAGAAAUAUGUUACUAUUAAAUAUUAUGAUAAUGUA